AUGUAAACCUCACGAUUAUAGAUUGAAUAACCAUGCUAAACCUUUAAUAAUCGCAAAUCCCGGACCAUUUUACAUUUGUUUCCAUUAUCAUUAGUUUUUUAUCGUUCAAACAAUUGCCUUAUGGACGUAGACGUUACGGUUUUGUUUUCAGUCCCACAUUGCUCUUUAUGAUAUCUACAUUUUAAAAACAGUUAAAAAUUUAAUUUCUCUAAAAUCACCGUAUCCCGCGUAUUAAUAAAAAAAAUCCCAAUCGAGGUAAUAGUCAUGGCUGACAGUAAAAGCGUCGAGACAAACGACAUAUUCCAAGAUUUAGACAUCGAGAAAUUGGAAGUAAACGUAAUCGAAAGCCUGUGUUUUAGCUGCGGAAAAAACGUAAGUGUAGUUUUUGAUUAUACUUUAAACAUUAGUUAUACAAUUAUUUUAUAUCUACUUAUUGUAAUUUAUAUUCUAAUGUAUUUACCUUAUUUUGUAUUCAAAUCUUGUUAAAAGGAAAAAAAUAUUUACAUAGGUACAUAAAUUAACACAUUAUGCAGAUAAAAUAUGUGAUUUAUGUAACAUUAUGUUAGUCUAAUUUUGUGUACUAUCUAUUCAUUGGAACCUGUAAAUUAUCAAUAUUGACAUGAAAAUAACAAAUUUAUUCAAAUGCAUACCAUUUUGAGUCUUUUUUUUAUCUGGUUUACAUGACGCAUAGACUACAAAAACUAAAGAUAUUAAUUAUUAUUGUUUAGGUACAUACAUUUGAAGGGCUAUGGGAAAGAACAAUAAUAGUCAUUAUCCUUAAAAUGUUCAGUGAUGCAGUUUUAAAGUUUCAAAUGUUCAUUAAAACCUUAUUAUACCUUAUAUUUAUACCUUUGUUAUAUCACUGUGAUAUUUAUGCCCCAAUGCAUAUCAGAACCAAAUGAUAAGAUGAUAAUAUUAUAACUUUCCUAUUUACCUAUUUAUUAUUAUUUUUUUUUUUUUUUGCUUUUAUUGUUUUUCCCCAUAACACUUCAUUUGUAUUUUCAAAUUAGUAAUCUACUGAUAACAUUGUUAGGCAUGAUAUUGAUUUCCAAUAUUUAAAAUUGUGUUUUUGUAAUACUGUCAUUGGUUUUAUAUAAUUUAAUUAAGUGCAAUAUUUUACAAAAUGUCUUUUCCUGUAAACAAUUGCUAUUGAAUAAACUAAAUAAUAAGAUAGAGCCUGAUACCUAUUUGAAAUUAAAAAAGAAAUAACAUUAUGUUUAGGGCACUACUCGAAUAUUGUUGACUCGCAUACCAUUUUAUAAAGAACUUGUCAUAUCAUCAUUUGAAUGUCAGCAUUGCGAUUAUAAAAACAAUCAGUUGGACCCGGCCAUUGAAAUAAAACAACAAGGAGUUCGCAUUAAUUUGGAUAUUGAAACCAAAGAAGAUUUGGAUAGAUAUGUAAUUACAACGGAUUACACAAGUAUAAAAAUUGAAGAGUUGGAUUUUGAAAUACCUCCAAUGUCUCAAAAAUCACAAGUAACUACCAUAGAGGGUAUUCUUUCUAAAACUAUCAUUAAUUUAAGUGAACAAAAAAAAGUAAUUGACCAAACUCAUCCCGAACUCGCAGAAAAGAUGGAAGUCGUAAUUACUGGACUAGUCAACAUUAAAAAUCUUAGUAUACCCCUUCCAAUGGUAAUUAUUUGUACAUUAUUACUUUUAAUAUUUCAUACUCACUUGAAUUAUAUUAUUUUAGGUUUUUGAAGAUGUGACUGGUAACAUAUUUGUUUCAAAUCCAUAUGCACCAUCAGCAGAUCCUAGAAUGAAAAUUGAAUCAUUUAAUCGAGAUAGUACUCAAAAUGAAAUGAUCGGUUUAGCUACGGAAAACCAAACUGAAAAUAUUAUCAAACCAUUAGGUAGUUUUAAUGAAUCUGCUGUGACUGAAAUUGCAGACGAAAUUGUCCAGUUUAAUAAUCCUUGUCCUAACUGUUAUGCAAUAUGUGAAACCAAUAUGAAAGUUACUGGUAAUUGUAUUGUUAAUUGUUUGGUAACAAUAUAUAUAAUAGUGAGUAUAUUAUUAUUAAAAUUUAAUUAUUUAUAGAUAUUCCAUAUUUUAAACAAGUUGUGAUCAUGGCUACUCUGUGUGAUGAAUGUGGUUAUCGUACCAAUGAGGUUAAACCAGGAGGUGGUAUUGAGAAACAGGGAAUCAAACUGUCUGUUAAAGUUUCAUCUCCAGAAGACUUAAAUAGAGACAUUUUAAAAGUAAUAAUGCCUAAAAUAUUAAUUAAACUGUAAUCAUGACAUUGAUUUAUUUUCAGUCUGAAACAUGUUCUCUACAAAUUCCUCAAUUGGAGUUUGACGCUGGCCCACUUUCUUUGAGUGGCCGUUUUACUACUAUUGAAGGUCUAUUAGGAGCAUUAUAUGACCAGUUGAAAGAUACUGCUACAGCUUUUUACUCCGGAGAUAGUCAGUGCGAUACAAUGAUUGCCAAAACUGAAAGAUUUUUGUCGAAAUUACAAAAAAUAAAAUUAUGUGAAAUGCCAGUUGAUAUUAUACUUACAGAUCCAGCUGGAAAUAGCUACAUACAGGUGUGUUUCAAUACUAAUUAUCAUUCUACAUAAUACCAUUUUCUUCUUUUUGCCUUUUCCUCCAGCUAUUUGGGAUCAGCUACCCCAGUUGGUUACCUAUCCUCAUACCAGUCAAUUUCUAUUUAUUGUUUUUCUUCUACACAUAUCAAGUCCCACAGGCAUUAUUUAACAUAUUUACAGAUGUUUAUCUUGUUGAUAUACAUUCAGUGUUCCAAAAAUCGCUUCUAUUGCAAAUUAUUUUUCAAAAUAAUUUUAACUAAACUUAAUCAAAUAUAAGGUUGCUGUUGUGCUACAUCAUUUAAAAAAUUAUUGAAAAAAAAACAAAUGAUAGAAUUCAUACAAAAAUAAAAAACCGCUAUUAAAUGUUAUUUAAAAUCUAGUGCUACCUCCUCUUGCCUUAGUGCAACAACAAUAGCAUCUUGAAGGUCAUAGAGGGUUGUUGGGAUAGGAUCACGUGACCUCACAGAGUUAUCCCAGAGGUUCUCAAUUGGGUUGAGGUCUGGACUUCUCAUUGGCCAGUGCAUAAUAGGGAUCCUAAUCUUUUCUGUGUAAUUUCUUAUAAUUAAUGCGGUUUGAGAACAAUCUAUAUGAAAUUAAUAUAAACCCAUUGCCAACAAAACACGCUAUGGUAUCACACGCUCUUCUAGGAUUUCUUUGAGAUUGAUGAGAAGUCAUCAAUCCUUGGUCGUGAAUACCACUGGUCCAGUAAAUGCACACAAGCACAGUCUUACUGGUGAUGAAAAUGCCACCCCAGAACAUGCAUAAGCCACCCCCAUACUCCACUGUCUCCUCAGUACAAGCUUUUGCAAACCUACCUUUGGUACACUUUCUUUCGUCUCUCAUUGCAGAAUACACACAUCCUCGUUUCAUCCAAAAAAAAGUACAGUCCUCUAUUGGCUGAAAGUCCAAUUAACGUGUUCACGGAAAAACUGCAACUGUUACUUGCAGUGCUGUGUAGUCAGUUUUGGACCAGUAGCUGGUCUGUGGGCCACAGUUUUCUGUUCUUCUAACUUUCUCCUAACCAUAGAGAUGCUUACUGUUGUACAGCAAGCUGUGUAGAGUUGCUGUUGCAGCUUUACAGCAUUGGAAAUCGAUUGCGUAAAUAGUCAAGACAAUAAAGCGAUAGUCUCUUUUAGUUGUAUAGUAUUGUUAGACUGAUCUGGAUGGACCAGUCUCUUGAUACCAUUGGAAAUCUUGUUUAAUGAGAUAUUUUUUUGGAACUAAUUAUUUAAAGUAUAUUCACAUAUAUUCUUUUCAAUGUUUAGAUUUUGGUGAAUGACCUGCAUUUGACACUUUAAACUGCUAUUACUAUAGCCUAAGCAUAUAAGAUAAGAUCGGAUAUAUUUAUAAAUUUUUCUAAUAUCCCCUAUAAUAAUUAUAAUAUAAUUAUUGUUUAUGAAAUGAAACUAUUAUCAAAUAUUUAUCAAUUGUUUGUAUCAAAUGUAUUGAUUUAGAAAAACCAAGUUUUGAAACUUAUUUUUAGAGAUAUGAAUUUUUGUGUAGCUGAGUGUAUUUGUAUUUAAAAAAAAUACUAUGAUGACAUAUUUAAAGAUUAAUUUAUUAUGAAUUAGUGAUUUUCUCAGGAUUUUAAGUGAAUUUGAUAUCCUUUUUUUUUUUUUUAUAUAUAUAUAAUUUUCUAACUUUUAUUUUUACAAGAACAGUUAGUAGGUAUUUUAUUUCUAGCAAUGAUGCUAUGAUUCAAAUAAUCAAUUUUUUUGGAUAUGAGAUAGUUAAGAUGGUGAGUCUAACAAUAUUGAAUAUUCUUCAAAUUAAUAACAUAAUACUUAAUCUAAAACAAAAGAAAUAAUGUGGUUAAUGUUAUGCAUAUCAAAAUGUUUAAAAAAAAUAUUCUUUAAUAAAAUCUUUAUUCUAUUUAAGGGGUAUCUAUUAGAGUAUUAAAAGUGUAUAUAAAUUAAAGGUAUUAAUAGGGGUAAAAAAUUAAAAAUAGUGUUAAAUAAAGCUUAGAGGAUUCCAUGUUUGAAAAAAAUUAAUCAAAUUCACUAAAAUUCUGAAAAUUGCUGGUUUAGCAUAUAUGUAUCGCCCAAAAUAUAUAUAUAUUUUUUUUUUUUUAAGAGUUUAACACCGCCAGAUUUGGAUCCAAAACUGACUAUCACUAAGUUUGAUAGAACUGAUGAACAAAAUGAAGAACUUGGUUUGAAUGAUAUGAAAGUUGAGGAAUAUAAUUGAAAGCUAAAUAAUUCAUAAUUAUUAUAUAAAAUAUUAAGAUCCAUUAUUUAUACAUUGUAAAGUUGUUAAAACUUUAUUGAAAUAGCUUUAAAAUGUAUGUAUAUUAGUAUUAAUUCUUUAUUAUGCAUUAUAUAAACUUGUUGCGCUCAGAAUCAAUUCUUGAAAUCAUAAAAAAUAAAGAUAAAUAACCUAAAAUUAUACUGUUUCAGUACUAAUUGAAAGUGCAGUAGCAAUUUAGUUCACAAUAAGAUAAUCCAUUUAUUUUUGAUUUUUCAAAAUUGAUUAUAUUUAAGAAUAAUAAGAGUUGAUUAUAAUCUGAGAAUAUUUAUUAAGAUAAUUAUGUAACAAAUAAAUCAUUAGUUAUGUAAACAUGUUUAUUACAAAUAAUGUAUUUAUUAAAUUUAAUUUAAAACUUAACACAACACAACCAUAACCAUAUUACACAUUAUUUUUUGAAUUAUGACAAUUAUAUUUUGUUAACCUUAAAUAUUUUAUAUAGGUUUUAUUUUACUUUUUCAAAAACUGCUUUCACCUAUUGAAAGUGGGAAACUUUUAUUUGACAUCUAGUCGAAAAGUAUACAAUUUUAAUUUCAUUCAACUAACUAAAUGAUGACUUCUCAUAAAAUUUGAUGAAUUCAAAUUUCAAGAAUUGAUCCUUUAAUAUAUAAAUAUAUAUAUAUCCUUAUAAAAUUAUGCUUCAUAUUUUAUUAUUAUUGGAAAACUAUUCAAAUAGUUAUAAUGGUUUACAUAUUAUUAUAAUCAUCAGUUAUAGCUAAUUAUUAGUGACAUUUUUAAAUAUAAAUAAUCAAUACACUAAAAAUAUUUCAGGUCAAGUAUUUUCUUUUUAUUUAUUUGAUUUCAAACAUCUCUUUCCCCCUCUUAAAAUCAAUUGAUUUUACUAUAUGUUUCGAUUUGGAGCAUAGCAGGGAUUUAUUGGUUUUACUAUGAUGUGUUGUCUUUUUUGAUAUAAUUACUUUGAUAUCUCAAGUAUUGUACCUUUUUUAAAAGAAAAUGUUGGUUCAUUAGAGAUCAUUUUUGG